AUGCGCUCUACCACUCCCUCGAUGCGCAGAGGCUCUCCGAUUAGGGUCGUGCUGCCGGAUAGGACUUUCCGUCUUGGGAGGGAUAGCGCCACUUGCACGUCGUACACGAGCGACCGUGUACCGCGAGGGUGGCGGACGCCGGUCCUGGUGCGUCGUUGGGUAUUGGGGUGCUGCAGGUUAGAUCAGAUGCCUCGUUUGAGCGAGUUUCUUACUGGUGAUUUUCGAGAUAUGCUGGGCGAACAAAAUACGGCUACGGUGAAGAAGAAGCGGAAUGUUUUUGAGAAGGAAUGCAGGACGGAAAAGCCGAGGGUAGCGGUAAGGAAUGGAAAGUUGGUAGCGGUGUACGACCGAUUGGCCCCGUUGUCAUCCGACACAUCGUAUGAUGGCGCUGUUGCAGGUGUCCUGCUCCACAGCGACACGUGCGUACCGACGCCAAUUCCUAUGCGGCCGCCGAACGAAGUGCCGACAUGGGUCAUCGACACUGAACAACAUUGUAUUGUUCCGGGAACGUCAGCGGAUCGCUAUCUUGCACUCAGCUAUGUGUGGCCGGAAAACCAGAGUCCUUCAAGCGCUUCCCGUCAGGUUCUGCAUCUGGAUGAGGAGCGUUUGACCAGUUUUCAGAAGCCAGGGUUUCUGGAGAGCGAGGAAACACUUCCGGGGAUACCAGACGUCAUCAAAUACGCCAUGAAACUCACCCUUCGUAUGGGUGAGAGAUUCCUAUGGGUCGAUCGACUUUGUGUUGCACAGAACGACGGAAGCACUCGAGACGAGGUCAUGCGCAUGGAUAAGAUAUAUGCCGGAGCAUACCUCACGCUUAUCGCAGCGGCACCGGAGUGCAUGUACUCCGAGUAUCUGGAGUCCGGGUGGCCGCACGUCAACUUCUCCCAAUUGGGGAAUGUGUUUUCCUCAUUUCCAUUUCUGCCUCGCUGGUCUCCGGAAGACGAUUCCGUGAAUCGGUAUUAUCUUUCUCCCUCCAAGCUGCGCUUAGAGAUGGCCCGAGAUGUCUAUGGAGCGCUUGCGGACUCUAAAUGGGCUACAAGAGGAUGGACUUAUCAAGAGCAGAUCCUAUGCCGAAGGGCAGUCAUUCUCAUGCAAAAGGGAUUCUUCUGGGAUUGCCAAUGCAGCCUGUGGCAUGACAUCCCCGGUCAAGAGAACAUAAUUUCCCCACCAAGAGAAUUUUCCAGACCAUUUGACACUAGAUGGUGGCCGGACUUUGGGUUCUACAUCGAUCUUGUGUGCUCUUUCAACGGGAGAGAGUUCACAUACCCCCAGGAUGCACUUGCAGGAUUUUCUGGGAUUCUCCACGCACUAGCCCCGGUUUUCCCAGGAGGCUUCGUAUCUGGUCUACCACGGCUGUUUCUUGACCAUGCCCUCUUGUGGCAGCCUUUCGGUAAAGCAAGCCGAAGGUUUAAUCGACUCAAACACGAAGAGCCCGAAUACCAGAUGACCUCAAGCCUUCCAUCCUGGUCAUGGUGCGGAUGGCAGUGUUUCGUGGACCCGUGGAGUUUGCUAUCUGGCCUGGCGUACAUUGACAACGAAGAGUCAAAUCUGCGAUCGGGUAGCUGGCGUACACGAAGCCUCGUAGAAUGGCGAAUCCUGAACUCGGAACCUGAGAAGCAGGAAGGGGAGCAGAAGGUGUGUGUUAUUGACAAAUUCGCCACGUUAAUUCACACCUCGGAUGAUCAAAAAACUUCUGGUUGGAGGCGUCACGGUUCCAAUGCGCAAUCACCGUCAGAUAAAGCGGUAUACUACACCCACGAGAAAGACGAAAGUGCUCGCUUCAGAAACCCCUUCCCUCUCAGCCCAGUUACCACUGGAUUGAACCCUAUUGCGGCUUCGUCGUAUUUGUCAUGCUCAACGUCUACAGCUACAUUUCUCUCUGCAACUGUUCUAGAAGCAACUGGAAAAGAUCGCCUGUUGGCUGCAAGCAAAAUAUCUGCCUUUCAGCACCCGAUCUUCGAAGAAGGACCCGACUUAGAGGACUCCUGCCCUGUCCUCGCCCUACAACAAUCGGACGGCACUUUCGCAGGCUUGAUGCGGCUAAUGGACGGUGCUGAGAUUGUACAAGCGGCUCCUAUUCAGCUGUGUGCAAUCUCUAUGGGAAGUGCAAACAGAAACGACAUGGUCGAGUCAUUCGAAUGGAAGAUAUUCGAGCGAAGAUAUGUGAAGUACCGCCGUGAUCUAGACACAAUACUUUACGAGCCGAAAAGAAAGAGUCCGAACGGGAACAUAGCUUUGGCGUUUGAUAUCGCAAUGGCUUUCAGCAGCACAGUAGCGACCGAUGUAAUGGCCUUGGGAGAUUGUUCAAAAGAAGACAAGGUGCAAUGUACUUGCGAGGAGACGUAUGAAGCAAGAAAAGCGGAAGGAGGCGAUAAUCAGGUUUCCAGAGACGAGUGUUCAAUUUGCUCACGUUGGGCGCACUUUUUUCCUUUGGGAGAUCAUGGUAGGCUGCUGAAAGAACGUUGCGAGCGAAGAUAUGGUUCUUCUGGUGCACCUGACACGGGAAUCUGCGAUUUCUACAACGUGCUUUGGAUUGAGUACCAGAAUGGCAUCGCGUACAGACGCGCAUGUGGGUGGGUUCCGAAGCAUAUAUGGGAAGCCAAUGCCUCCGGGCCAGUGGAGAUCAAGCUGGGCUGA